CACUUCGCGCUACCACCGAUCUAAUAGGAAUCAGGAGAGCUCAAAUAUUUCAUGGGUGGCGCCCCCGUGAAGGGGGAGGGGCCUUGACGCGCGCUCCGCCCCACAGUGUUGUGCCUGUUGCCCUGCAGGAAAGCAACUAAGUACGCGCGUGCGCAUAACGCGCGUGGGUCCUAAAGUAGUGGUGUUUCGUGAGUUAUCCUUGCAAAUGGGCACCGUGGCCUAGCGCCCCAGGCGUUUCCAUCCGUAACCUUGCACCGAAACCUGCUAGGAGGGGUCUCCGCCGAGCCGGCCCUGGCUGGUUGGAGCCGCCUGGAAGCCAGGCACUGUCAGGACCCGGGGGACUCGACGUACACUCCGGUGUGCGGUUACCAGGCCCACAUUCUGCUCUCAUCUCCGCAGCGCCUCGGCCCUGAAGCAUGGCAGCUAUCCCUUCCAGCGGCUCGCUCGUGGCUACCCAUGACUACUAUCGGCGACGUCUGGGCUCCUCGUCCAGCAACAGCUCCGGCGGAAGUGCAGAGUACCCGGGGGACGCCGUGCCCCACUCCCCGGGUCUUCCCAAAGCUGACUCGGGCCACUGGUGGGCCAGCUUCUUUUUCGGGAAAUCCACCCUCCCAUUCAUGGCCGCAGUGUUGGAGUCUCCUGAGCACUCGGCAGAAUCCCCCCAGGCCUCCAGAAGCCCGAUCUCCUGUGGCCUGGCUCCUGAAACCAUGAAGAAGCAGCCAGUCAUGCAUCCUAGCCAGACCAACAGCAGGGCCCCGUCCUGACCUGUCAGAAUCAGCAGACUGCCCAAGUUUAAGUGGUGCUAGACCAGAGCCCACCCUCUCAACCCUCCCUGUAAACUAGGAAGGCUAAACAGACAUGAGCAGGAGCUGGAGAGAGCCUAUUAGUUUACAGCACUGAGCUUUCCUGACCCCAUAACUGUGUCUUCCACAAAGCAGAAAAUAAACUCACAGCAGCCAUCCUC